AUGGAUUGGGGCCACGUGGACGUAUCAUCUCUCUCCAUUUUUGAAGCAAGUGGGGAUUCCGAGGGUGGGCAUGACCUGAUCACUGCAACUGAACACAACAUAUCCUAUGUGGGCAUUGUAGCCGCUGAUGAUGCUGAGUCAUGCACUAGUGACUCAUCGGAUAUCUGCGAGUACCAAGUCAAUGACGACGGCAACGGUGAUGAAGGUGAUCAUGAAGGUGAUGAUGAUUACGAUGGUGGUGAUGAUCAGUGGACUAAUCGGGAAAUGGGUUUCGGAGGUGGGGCUGUGGAGGUGGGUCAAGAAGAGGAAGGUGUGGUUGAUAGUGGGAGAAGGGUCCCACUGAAUGAAAUGGAGGAUAAGCUGUUUUGGGAGGCAUGUUUGGCAAUGGGAUAUCCAUGA